GCCUGGCCAGGCCCUCCUCCUCGGCGGCCGUCUAUCGGCUGUUGGCUGCGUGUCCUGGCAGCCGCUCGUUCGAGGGCUCGGUAAUCGGCCGGGGCGGGGUAUUUCCGCUUCCGGGCGAGAGGGCGUGCGGUUGCUGCGGAGCGGCCGUUGCUAGGGGAGGCCGGGCCGGGCCGCCGCCAUGGCUGGGAACCGCAUGCAGAAGAUCGGGAGCGUGUUCAGCCGGACGCGGAACCUGCUGCGCAUCGGCGUGGUGCCGAAGCCGCUGUGGUUCGACGUCUACGCCGCCUUCCCCCCGCUCCGGGAGCCCGUCUACCGCUCGCCGCGGCCUCGCUACGGCAAGGUGAAAGACGUCAUCCCGCCCAUCUUCUACCCGGAGGACGACGUCCGCGCGAGAUUUUAUAGCGUUUAUGGGAGUGGUCCAAGACCUUUUGACCUGUCACAAUCAAACUUCAAAUCCACUUGCCAGAGGUUUGUUGAGAAAUUCAAUGAACUGAAGGAAGAAGGAAAAAUCGAAGAGGACAAAUUGUUUGAAGAAACAGGAAAAGCUCUUCUAGCCAAAGGGAUAAUUUUACAGAGAAGAGGGACAGAAAAAGUUUGGAUCGCUUUGCAUUGCCUCAGUCGUGCCUGCCAUUGUGCCAGCUCUCUCCUGAACCCAGACUCCCUGUCCCGAAGGACUCUUGUCGCACUCAGGUCACCCCCAAACCUCACACUGAUGGAUAGUCUCAGCAGAGACCCCAGCGCCUGCAAGCAGACCAUUGAAGGUGGAGUUGCAGCUGACCGACAGGGAAAUUUGCACUGCUGCUUUCUAGGAGGAGAUUUCAUCUACCUGGACUGUCAGUGGCACACCCAGGUUGCAACACGUUCUAUACAGAUUCACCCAUUACAGCUCCAUGACUGCUAUAAAAGGAGGUCUCUGAUGAUUGUGCCUGCGAAAAAUUGCUUAUGCAUUUUUAUAGCCUCUGACGUCUUGAUUUGUAGGCACAGACACGGUUUGGGACACUGGAGUGAGAGAGAGGAGGUCUGUGUUCAGUUCAGCUUCCAACUCUGCUGUCAAGGUCUUUUGUGAGAUAGGAUCUCAAAAAUUAUGGCCAAGACGGGCAGCCCACCCUACUCCUUGGGACAUCUGGGAUGAUUUGAAAAGAGUGUCCUUAACUCUGUCCCUGAAUAUCCUUCAGAGUCACGAGUAGCCGUCGUUCCCCUGCUACUCCCAGCUUGGCUACAACAACUGCUGCUCGCCCCCACGGCCAGGUUCGGAGCAUGGGAAGGGCAGGAGCCCUCCUUGGGAGAGGACAGACCUCCUGCUUUGCCAGCCGACACUGCUGGAGAGACAGCACAGAGAAAAGCGAGCAGCACCUCGCAGUUUGUCCUAGGCUGAUGGGAUGCACAGGGUCACAUUCCAGCCAUUCUGCUGUCCAAAGGUCUUGCUGGAGAGAGCUUGCACUGGAAGAACCUCAUCUUGUGACGUGAAUUGAGGCUGCUCUGUUCUUCACAGAACUGCUCAGUGCCUGGCAGACAAGGAGAUUAAGAACCACCUAGCAGAGACCCAAGUUACGUCUGCACUGCUGUUAGAGGGUCUUCCAGUUCAAAUUUGCUCCGUUUGCAAACCAGGAGAUGAUUUUCCUAAUGGCUGUAAAUACAUUGCUCAUAUUCUGGCUGCACAGACUUGCUCCUAUAUAGCUGCAGUGCAUCUGGGAGGAGAGCUGGUAGCGGCGUAGACACUCGGGAAGCUGAAGCUGUUGGCAGAGCGGGGGGUAUGAAACCUACCCAGCGUUUGUCAGAUGAUGGCGACCCAGCUGAAUCCCAUAGCUCGAGCCUGAUGGUGUAACUUUAAUUACUUAGCCGUGCAGUUGUCACUCUCCUGGAGACUGAUGGUGUAAGGUUGCAGCCGAUCAAAGCGCUCUGGCAAAGGCGUCUGGAAGCAAAGCACCAGAGCCUUCGGCCGCCUCCUCCCAUGUCCGUAUUUAACUGCUCCGUAAGUUCCUUUAAAUAUCGUCCACUGGCACUAGGGCCUUGUUUGGGAUGUUUCCUAGGAUGUUCCUGCGAGAUUUCUGUUUUCCUGAGUGUGUGUUUUUAUAGAUCAGUGUGUUCCCUAGGCCGGCGUUUCCCGGUGCAAGGAAGGUUCGCCCGAGACGUGACACGGCAGGCAUCCUUCCCGCGGAGGCAGCGACGUCCCAGGACGAUCCGCAGCAAAGCGGAGCUGUUUCCUGGCGCUGGUGUCACUUGGAUACUGUGUUCAGCAUGGUGAUAAACCAGCCAAACCAGACAGACAAAUGCGAGUCAGAAAUAUUUAUGGUGGGCUUGAUGCCAAGUGCUUGCUGGAGAAGUGAAUGGAAAAAUAAAACUUUCUCUUUGUAGAGGCUUUAAACAGGUUGAAGUUUCUGAGGAUUGCUGAAAUCAGUGAAGGACUCUUCAUUGUCCUGGCUGAAUCUGGCUGGUCCUCAGUAGGUCCCAGCUCUGGUUUGACCUAGUGCAGCACUUCCAAUGUUCUCGUGGCUCAUGAAGGUAGCUUCUGCCAUUUGCUUCACUGAGUUAUUAAUGUUUGCACUAAGUGUGUGUGUGUGUGUGUGUGUGUGUGUGUGUGUGUGUGUACACUGAUAUAUGCAUUCCCCCUGUGCUGAUAUCUUUGGUGGGCCGUACAAAGCAGAAAUGCUCAGGAACACCAAGGGCGAAGUGGCCCCGUGCCUUGCGCCAGGGCGCUUUGGGGCAUCUACAGCAAGCAACUUUCCUUCUCCAUUGCAGGUUCCCUCCUGCCCUCUUCUGCACUUGAUCUUUGUUGUUGCAUCCAUUACUGGACGGCAGCCUCUCGUGAGGCUCCCGCAGACAGAGCAAGCCAAAAACAUAAUAACCCCCAGAAUUGCUCAUUUUCUUUGUCGAUCCCAGAACAAACAGAAGAAAUUUUUGAAAAGCGGCUGCGGCGGCAGCAGCAGCAGUGGAACAGAUGGUGCUUUUUUUUGGUAGCGCUAUUUCUCUCGGAGGUUUUUCGCCGCCGCCUCUGCGCAGGCUCUGUGCCUUUCCAAGCUCUCCCCGCGGUAAGUGCGAACGGUGCUGCUGCUGAUCUUAUGGAUAUUGAUUCCAUCUCGCAAAAACGUGUCGCAGCCGAGGGAGUUCGCCCCGCUGACCUUCAGCCUGCUGCUGCCGGGAGCUGGUGACGUCCGAGCCGGCGGGAGCAGGGGGGCAGCGGGGCGGGAGGGAACGGCUUUGCUGCUCUUGUUUUGCAGAGAAAACUUUGGAUGAGUGUGGUUACAGGCAGCAUCGCAUGCAGCAGCUCGCUGCAGCCUUUGGGCCAGGAGACCCUCCGCGGCGGCCCGGGGCUCGGCUGCGGGCUCCGGCAGCGUGGGAAAACCCACGUCUCCACCUGCGAGCGUCUCCACUGACCCCGCAGCACUCCUGUGCACAUCCCCGAGCAGCGCAGGGCACGGUUUCAUGCCAUAAGAAUAAAACUGAGCCCUGGGGUGGGAGCAGAGAGGGAAGUUAGCCAGAGCUGCUUGGUCACGUCCUCUGGUUACGGCACCUUGCUGCAAGGUCACCGCUCUGCCGGCAGAGCCGGGGUGCAGCGGGCGAAGGCCGCGGGAAGCAGCCUCGGCUGCCUUGGCAUUGGCCCCGCGAGGCCCUGGCCGUAAAAUACCGCCCUGCGCUGGGAGGAGAAAAGCCUCCCGGGCUCGGAGGUCUCUGCUCUGGUCCCCGGACGCUGGUGGGGAGAAACGUGUAAUGAGGCAGCAAAAUAAACACGGUGGUAAUUUCCUCGCUGCAUGUCUGUGAUGAUCCCUGCCUUUUCCCUCUCCCAUACGGAAUUUUUGUUGUUGUUGUUGUAAUUAUUCUACGAAAACCAAUUAAAUCCCACAAGAUGGAAACGCA